AUGUAUUACCCAGAAAGGCCAUACAACAUAAUGGUUCAGACUGAGGGUGCUGGACCCAACUUGGCUCUUUUACAAACAUUUCCCCCCCACGUUAUUCUCACUUCAACCCUCAAAGGCUUUAUCUCAUUUUCAAAAAAAAGUCAUGAGGUCUUCUAUGACUUCUCCAAGGCCAGCCAGCGAGCGGUCGAGCGCACACCGGGGUCGGCCCGCUCCACGGCCGGCUCCACCCCCGCCGAGCACCGCCCGCCGCCGGCCCUCGCCGGGUCCCGCGCCCGGACGCCCCAACUUGGACGCCCCAGCGCGGAGCGGGGCUCUGCGCUCGCAGCCGGCGGCGGCGGCCUCGGGGAAGCGGCCCAGCCAGCGGCGCGGCCAGCAGGGGGCGAGAAGGACGUUCGCAGGGAGGCAGUGCCGGUGCAAGGGCGCGUGCCGCGGCGGCCCGGCUCGGCCCAACGUCUGGACGCCAGGCGCGGUGUCCCGGCAACGGGAUUGGGAACCCAUGCCACGCUCACCUGCUCAACUGAGAAAGGAGUUACCAUGCCAGGUAAAGAGAAGAGAGGAACAGGCCGGGGCAAGUCUCACGGGAAGAAGCAGAAGAAACCUGAGGUGGACAUCCUGAGCCCAGCCGCCAUGCUCAACCUGUACUACAUUGCCCACAACGUCGCCGACUGCCUGCAGCUGCGCGGCUUCCGGUGGCCCGGCGCUCCCAAGGCAAAGAAGGGGAAAGCCAAGACUUAAAGGAUGGCAUUGCACAGCGUAGCUCUGUUACAAAGAACAUAACAUGGGGAAGAGAAAUCGGGCUAUUACAACCACUGCAAGCAAAAUAGACUUUCCUGCAGAUCACUUGAGAUGCAAGCUAAGUGUGCUUUUCUAAGUGUGAUAGUUAAGGAUAAAGAAAUGCACGUUACUUCCUCCGCUAAAUCCAGGUAUGGUUCGCCACUUUGGUUUUUCAGAAGUCAAGGGGAAAAAAGUCUGAGUAAUUCCUACGUGGCGUGGUGGAAUUGAGAGGACUCUAAAAACUGAUUGUAAUUUGGGGUCAGAAUUAAACCUUGCUCUCCAGAGGCAGUUCUAGCUUGCAUGAGUUGUUUUCUUUUGCCAAAGGGGCUUUGUUAUUUAGAGAAGACAUGGCAAAAAGCACAGGAUUUGCUUAUGAACAUCUCCCUCGGGAACUGUUUUCUUUCCCCGUCUUUUUCAAGAAAAAUAAUAAAUAUCUUGUUUCUGUAAUUUUCUUCUCAGCA